AUGCCGUCCCCCGCCAUCGACCCGCGGACCAUCCGCUCAUCGGCUUCCACGCCGUCGCUGCGCUCUCGUGAUGGCACAGUGCCGCUGCACGCUAGGAUGGACAACGGUGGAAACGUGCGCGUCGUCGUGCGCGUGCGCGCAUUCCUGCCUCGAGAAACGGAGCGUGGGGCCGAAUGCCUAAUUGACAUGAACCCGAUCAGCCAGGCCACAACUCUGCUCGUGCCUAAUGAUCAUGACCCGGCAAACCAGCGGACGAAGACACGCAAGAUCACCGAGGAGAAGACCUUCACCUUUGACAGCUCGUUCUGGAGCCAUGACACCAAGGACCCUCACUAUGCCACGCAGGAGGAUGUCUACAACAGUCUUGGCGAGGAGUUCCUGGACCACAACUUCGAAGGCUAUCACACCUGCAUCUUCGCCUACGGCCAGACCGGCUCGGGGAAGAGCUACACAAUGAUGGGCUCGCCAGAUCACCCUGGACUCAUCCCCCGGACCUGUCAAGAUCUCUUCGAGCGUAUCGAGGCUGCGCAGAACGAGACGCCAAACAUCAGCUACAAUGUGCGGGUGUCUUAUUUCGAGGUAUACAAUGAGCACGUCCGCGACCUGCUCGUUCCUGUCAUCCCAAACCAAGCACCUUAUUAUCUCAAGAUCCGAGAAUCACCAACAGAGGGCCCCUAUGUCAAGGAUCUGACAGAGGUACCGGUCCGCAGCAUUGACGAGAUCCUGCGGUACAUGAAGACGGGUGACAACUCCCGGACGACAGCGUCGACAAAGAUGAACGACACAUCUAGCCGCAGCCACGCAGUCUUCACCAUUAUGUUGAAACAAAUCCACCACGACGUAGAGACAGACGAGACCACUGAGCGGAGCAGCCGCAUCCGACUCGUCGAUCUGGCCGGCAGUGAGCGCGCCAAAGCAACAGAGGCAACUGGACAGCGGCUUCGUGAAGGUAGUAAUAUCAACAAGUCUCUGACGACCCUCGGCCGCGUCAUCGCCGCACUUGCGGACCCCAAGUCCCAGCGUUCCGGCAAGGGUGGCCGUGGGAAGGACGCUGUUGUCCCUUACCGUGACUCGAUUCUCACAUGGCUCCUCAAAGAUUCCUUGGGCGGGAACUCCAAGACCGCCAUGAUAGCAUGUAUCGCGCCCUCGGACUAUGAAGAGACGCUAUCCACUCUGCGGUACGCAGACCAGGCCAAGCGGAUCCGCACACGCGCCGUGGUCAACCAGGACCAAAUUUCAAGUGCAGAGAGAGAUGCGCAGAUUGCUGCCAUGGCGGAGGAGAUCCGCGCCCUGCAGCUUUCUGUUUCCGAGAGUCGGUCGAGGGAGAAGAAUGCAAAGGACCAAGAGGAGCGCCUGGAGGAGUACCAGGAUCGUGUCGGCAGCAUGCAGCGCAUGAUGGAAGAGAGGGGACAGGUGUACGAGACCAAGAUCCGGUCUCUACAGACUGAGAACGAGGCGCUCAGGUUACAUUUGAAACUUGCCUUGGACAGUCUGAAGAAUCCAAUCCCACCCGUCACACUCAACAGCCGGCCGGGGACGCCGGAUAGCAAGCAAGAUGAGGAGAAUGAUGAGGGUGAAGUUGAGGCCGAGAACGCACCGGAAGAUGACCAAACGUUCUACGAGGACAGCGACGAAGAUGAGGCAUACAACUCGGAUGACCACGAGGAACGACACAAUGAGAUGCAGGAGCAUAUGCAGGCACUGCUCAAAGACUUGGGCUUGUUUAGAAGGAAGAUUGGAGAUGACAAGGGGAGGUGGGUCGAGGAAGAGGGCGACGCAAGAAGGCCAUUAGGUGAACGCGAUAAUGUCUGA